GCGCCGCGCGGAGCCCGGAGCCGGAGCCGCCGCCGCCGCCCCCCGAGCCCAGCAUGGUGAUGGCCGAGCCCCGGCGGCCCCCGGCGCUGCUGCCCCGCGGGCUCGGGCCCGUCCGCGUCGGCUUCUACGACAUCGAGGGCACGCUGGGCAAGGGCAACUUCGCGGUGGUGAAGCUGGCGCGGCACCGCAUCACCCGCAGCGAGGUGGCAAUAAAAAUCAUCGACAAAUCUCAGCUGGAUGCUGUGAAUCUGGAGAAGAUCUACAGGGAGGUGCAGAUCAUGAAGAUGCUCGACCACCCACACAUCAUAAAACUCUACCAGGUGAUGGAGACCAAAAGCAUGCUGUACCUCGUGACAGAAUUCGCCAAAAAUGGGGAGAUUUUCGAUUACCUGGCCAGCCACGGGCGCCUGAGCGAGCCCGAGGCGCGGCGCAAGUUCUGGCAGAUCCUGUCGGCAGUGGAAUAUUGCCACGGCAGGAAAAUCGUGCACAGGGACCUCAAAGCUGAGAACCUCCUGCUGGACAACAACAUGAACAUCAAAAUUGCAGAUUUUGGCUUUGGGAAUUUCUACAAGAGCGGGGAGCCUCUGACAACGUGGUGUGGGAGCCCCCCCUACGCAGCCCCAGAGGUGUUUGAAGGCCAGCAGUACGAGGGACCCCAGCUGGACAUUUGGAGCAUGGGGGUGGUGCUCUAUGUCCUGGUGUGUGGAGCACUGCCCUUCGAUGGACCCACCCUGCCCAUCCUGAGGCAGAGGGUGCUGGAGGGGAGGUUCAGGAUCCCUUACUUCAUGUCAGAAGAGUGUGAGCACCUGAUCAGGAGAAUGUUGGUCCUGGACCCAUCCAAACGUUUGAGCAUUGCUCAGAUCAAGGAGCACAAGUGGAUGCUGGUGGAAGUUCCUGCCCAGAGGCCAAUCCUGUACCCAGCAGGAGAGGAGAACGAGCCCUCCCUGGGGGAGUACAACGAGCAGGUGCUGAGGCUGAUGCACAGCCUGGGCAUAGACCAGCAGAAAACCGUGGAGUCCCUGCAGAACAAGAGCUACAACCACUUUGCUGCCAUCUAUUACCUGCUGGUGGAGAGGCUGAAGUCUCACCGGAGCAGCUUCCCCGUGGAGCAGCGCGUGGACGCGCGCCAGCGCCGGCCCAGCACCAUCGCCGAGCAGACUGUGGCCAAGGCCCAAGCUGUGGUGCCCUCGGUGAACCUGCAUUCCCAAAAUCCAAGGCUGCUGCAGUCUCCAGGGCUCCCCUCAGCCUCAGGAGCAGAAACCUUUUCCUUCCCUCCCUCCAGCUGCCAGGGAGAGGCAGCUUUCAUGGAGGAGGAAAGGGUUGAGACACCAAAGGUGAACGGCUGCCUGCUGGACCCCGUGCCCCCCGUGGUGAUGAGGAAGGGGUGCCAGUCGCUGCCCUCCAGCAUGAUGGAAACCUGCAUCGACGAAGGGAUCGAGACGGAAGGAGAGGCGGAGGAGGACCCCGCGCAGGCCUUCGCGGCCCUGCAGGCAGCGCGAGGCGGCAAGAGGCGGCACACCCUGGCUGAGGUCACCAACCAGCUGGUGAUGGUGCCAGGCACAGGGAAGGUCUAUUCCUUGGAUGAGAACUCCUCCCUGGGCAGCAUCGACUCGGAGUACGACAUGGGCUCCAUGCAGAGGGAUCUCAAAUUCCUGGGAGAGACCCCUUCCCUGAAGGAGAUGGUGCUGAGCAGCCAGCACGCCCCACGGGUGCCCUCCCCAUUCCUGGGGCUCAGGCCUGCCAACCCGGCCAUGCAGGCCCUGAGCUCCCAAAAACGAGAGGCUCACAACCGCUCCCCCGUCAGCUUCCGCGAGGGCCGCAGGGCCUCCGACACCUCCCUCACCCAAGGAAUUGUAGCAUUUAGGCAGCACCUCCAGAACCUGGCACGAACCAAAGGAAUCCUGGAGCUGAACAAAGUCCAGCUGCUCUAUGAACAAAUGGGAUCAGAGGAAGAGCCCUCCCUGACGUCAGCUGCCACCCAGCUGCAGGACCUCGUUAACAGCCCUGCACAGGAGGAAGGCUCCCAGCAGCAGCAGCAGCAGGAGGCUCCAGCUGCUUUCCCCAGUGGUGCACAGACCCCACUGCUGUCCCGAAGGCAGAGCCUGGAGACUCAGUACCUGAAACACCGGCUGCAGAAGCCCACUCUGCUCUCCAAAGCUCCCAACACUUGCCAGCUCUACUGCAAAGAACUGCCCCGGAGUCUGGAACAGCAGCUCCAGGAGCACAGGCUGCACCAGAAGAGGCUGUUCCUGCAGAAGCAGUCCCAGCUGCAGGCCUACUUUAACCAGAUGCAGAUAGCAGAGAGCUCGUACCCCCGGGCCAGCCCGCUGCCCCUGCCCUGCCCGGAGGAGCUGCAGCCCCAGCAGCAGCAGCAGCAGCAGCCCCAGCAGCAGCAGCAGCAGCAGCAGCCAGCCCAGUUCAGCCUGCAGCAGCCCCUGAGCCCCGUGCUGGAGCCUUCCUCGGGGCAGAUGCAUUUCGAGCCCUUCCUCAGGCAGUACCCCAAGGUGCAGCUGGAGCCGCCGCCCCCCAGCCCAUCCCGGCUGUCCCCCCCGGGCCAGGGGCAGCCAGCACAGCCCCUCCCGUUCCCCUACCAGACUUGUGAGCUGCCUGCUGUCCCCUCUGCCGAGCAGUGCCACCUCUCCCAGAGCAGUGGAGCGUUGCCUGAGAGCCAGAGCAGCUCUGCAGAGGCACAGCCCGGCUACGACUCCCUGCCCCUGUCAGAACUGCCCGGACUCUUUGAUUGUGAGAUGAUGGAGGCUGUGGAUCCCCAGCACGGUGGUUAUGUCCUGGUGAAUUAGCACCCAGGGCAUACUGGAAGGACAAAAGGAGAAGCAUGUCAAUUUUUGGUUGGUUUUUAUUUUUUUUUCCCCACCGUUCCUACCCCCUCCCCACCCCCGUCGAAGUUUUUCGACCCUCGAAUUGACAGGGGAACUGAAAAUCCACCUGGCUGGAAGGAAAAAAAAAAUAGCAGGAGGUGUUUGGCCCCAGUGGCAGGGGCUGGAGAACAGGGAGUGCAGCUUCAUCCCACAAAGUCUGCGUAGAAGGAGGCAAAAAAGGUGAAUUUCAGAGGAAGGAAAUCGCCCCUUCUGAAAAAAUUCGGGGAGUCUGUCAGCAUUCAUCCACCAUCCACUCGGAGAGAGGAGAGUGAGUGCACACUUUUCGUACUUCUUGGCAAUAAAAGCAAUAGUUUUCACUGAAAUUCAGGGUAGAUUUGGGUCUGCGCUGAUGGCAACUGAAAUCCUCUGGAGAACAGGAGCACGAGGUGGAAUUCAAGGGAAGUUGCACUUUGGUUGGGCUCCUGGUCUGGGAUUACUCCGUGGCCAGCCCUGAGCGUCUCAGGCAGCCUCCACUUCCUCCUGCUGGCACCUAACCAGGAUUUCCCAAGCCUGCCAAGGAGCUCUUCACUGUCUGCUGAAGGAAUCUGGAGCAAGGGACACCUUGAUUUUGUCAAAAGAAACCUGGGAUUGUGUGGAGAGACCUCUGGGUGGGGAUCGGAAUUCUGGAGGAUCAAGGAUGAGCCAACAGAAGGUAAGAGAGCCAUGAGAGAGAGAGCAAAAGCUGCAGGAAAUGGCAUUAAAAAUACAAUAUCCACCUGGGUGGCUUUUGAAAUCACCCCCUAUUUCAGGAGGGCUCUGUCCUGGAGAAGUUCUGCUCGCUGGAAAGGAUCCACCUGUCCCUGGGUUGCAUUUUAAAAACAAACAAGCAAACAAAACUGUGUUUUGAAUUUGCAGUAUGUGUUGCUGGUGGUUUCUUGAGCUUUGUAUAUUUGGACAAUUAUUUAGGGUUUUAGAACUUUAAGGAUAAAAAAAAACAAUGAGCUUAUAAAAAGUAAAAAAAACACCCCUGUGAAGUGAUAGUGCUGUGCCUUUUUCAGUUCUUUAUCAGCCUAUAUGCUUUUUUCUGAAGAAAGUAGACAAUACCCCAUUUAUAUCCCUGCUGUGGCCAAAGUCCCUUCAGAGCACACGUCCCACCAUGUGGGACAUGUUUUAACUUCCUUAGUGUUUGAAUGGCUCGUGUAUAUAGGACACUGAAAGUAUCACAGCAAUAUUUCAGCAUCAAUCUGUUGAUGUCUCCACCAUUUCAAGGAGAUGCUCCAGCUCCAGCAGGAGCUGUGUCUCCAGAACUUUCCACUCAUGAAAUCCCAGUCACAGGAGGGGGGUGGCUCAGGGAGCUGCAGGAGGAUGAGAUCUCCAGUUUGGGGUUUGGCUCUGCCCCUCAAGUGUGGCCAGGCCAGCCCUUUCCUGAGCAAACAUUAAGCACAAUUGCAGCUUCAUCAAAGCACAAAGAGCGGGAGGAACUGUGCUGAUCACACCAGAGUUUGCUGGAAGGUUUGGUCUUUGAUACUGCAAAUCCCCAGGGCGGAGGGAGGUGAAAAUCAGCGUUUACAGCAAUAAGACCACAUUAAAACAUGGACUAGGAGGGGUUUAGCCACUGUGUGUGAAGGGAGAAGGGUUUAGCAGGUGACAGAAGGCACCCGGUCCGUGUGUGGGCAGGUGGAGACAAUUCCUGUUCUCUGGAGCCUGCUCUGGCACUGGCCCAGUCCAAAAGUGCUCAGCUGCUACCUCUGCUAGCACAGGGAUCCUCAAGGCAAAGGAGAGUUGGAGGAGCAGGAUCACGAGGCAAAGAUGGCCAGAAAGCUCUGCUUUAAAGGGCUGAGGGAAAAGGUUUUUGUUGGGAAGGAAAUCUGUCUGACACGGUGGAACACAGACCCAGUGACACCUGAAGGGAAACAGCCUGACAAAAACUGCAGCAGAACAGAGCAGGAGCAGAGAGGAAACAGAGUCCUGUCCUUUCACUCCCCCUUCCCUACCCCACAGCACAACCCACACCUUCUGCAAUGUGGAAUCUGUCCAAGCACUCACAGACCUGGGCAGUGAAAGCUGCUUCCAGGACAGCCCCGCUGCUGCUCCAGGAGCUGGCUGGGUGCCAGAACAAUAACCACUUCCUUCCCCAUCCAGCUCCAGGAUCCUGCACGUUUCAGGACUCAGAAGAUAAAAAUAAUUCCCUUCUGGAGUUCUGCAAUUCAUUUAUCAGGAUGUGCCAACCAGUGUGAGCUCCUUGGAGCUUUGCAGUGCUGGGCAGGGGGAAGCUGCAGUAUUUUUUAAUGUAGUUUAGACUGACUCUUUCCCCUCAGCCAAAAGCAUAUUUAACAUUUCAUGUAAUUUCCUUUAAGCCAAUUAGGACUAAAAGGCUUCUGAAGCCUUCUCAUACAGAGAGGAUCCAUUGGGCACCACUUCCUACUCCUUUGAAGUGGCUUUUUUGUUCCAAUCUCUUCUGUUCUAACAUUAGAGAACUGUGUACACUACUGUUAGAGUAAUUAUUAGCUUUAUUAUCUUGUACUACAGCCUCCUUUGAAGAGACUUUGGUGUGAUGUAUAUGGGGUACAAAUUUCAUACGGAGAAAAGUGCAAUAUGUGUGUGUGUGGUAUGUUCUUUAAUGUAUUUUUUUAAGGAUUUAGAGGGUUUAGUCUCUGCUUUGGGAUAAAUGCACUAGUUUUGUGAGCUCCAGUUUGGCAAGUUCAUCUGUAGUAUUUACAUGCAACUGAUCUGCUGGACUCUGUAAAGCAGUUACAGUGUAUUAAUACAAAAUAAAGAAUAUGUGCAUUUCAUUUUUUAAAUUUCUAGUGAGCUAAAGCAGCGCCUGCCACUCUUGUCUUCAUUAGGGUCAAGUUAUUUUCUCUCUGAGGCACCAAAACAAUUGAUGUCUGCUGCAAACAUUGGAUUUUCUAGACUGAGGUUUGCUCCCCAUGGUUCUGACACGCUUGGGAUUGUUGGUUUGCUAAAUAUGAAUUUGGAAAGACUGGAAAACUUGGUGCCACAGGAUUGGCACAGCACUUUGCACUUUCUUUAAUAGAAGGCUCGUUCAAAAUUAAUUAAAAGGAGAACAAAAAACA